ACUCAGGCAGAGGCAGAGUCUCCUGCUUGAAGGGAUGAUCCGAUCUUGUGGGAAAUGCGAUGUCCACGGAGAUGGAUGUGGGCACACUCCAUGACGGCGCAGGACUACCAGGACCUCAUCGACCGCGGCUGGCGCAGAAGUGGGAAAUAUGUGUACAAACCUGUCAUGAAUCAAACGUGCUGUCCUCAGUAUACAAUCAGGUGUCGACCAUUACAGUUUCAGCCAUCAAAGUCUCACAAGAAGGUUUUGAAAAAAAUGUUGAAAUUUCUGGCUAAAGGAGAAAUUUCCAGAGGAAAUUGUGAAGACGAGCCAAUGGAGCCUGCUGUGGAAGACGCUGUUGCUGGGGACUUUGCAUUAAUAAAUAAGUUGGAUAUACAGUGUGACCUGAAAACACUCAGUGAUGACCUCAAAGAGAGCUUGCAGAGUGAAGAGAAGAAGAAAGGAAAAAGCUCCAAGAAAGAGGAGUCUCAUGAGUUAAUUCGACCACAAGACAUAGAAGAGAAGUUGGGCUCUGGCGAACCGUCCCCCUCGGUGAAAGCGCACGCCGCCCCGAAGCCAGGCAAAGGGGCAGAUUUGAGUAAGCCACCAUGUCGGAAAGCAAAGGAAAUCCGGAAAGAAAGAAAAAGGCUCAAAGUCAUGCAGCAGAACCUGGGCGGAGGACCCGAGGGCCACCCGGCGCCGCAGGAGCCACGGUCCUGGUGCCCGCCGAAGGCGAAGUCCAGUCAGCCCAGGUCGCUGGAGGAUUUGAUUUUUGAGUCUCUACCGGUGAAUGCGUCGCACAAGUUGGAGGUGAGGGUGGUGAGAUCAUCUCCACCAAGUUCUCAGUUCAAAGCCACGUUUCAGGAGUCUUUCCAGGUCUAUAAGCGUUACCAGAUGGUUGUUCACAAGGACCCACCUGAUAAGCCAACUGUGAGCCAGUUCACAAGAUUCCUUUGCAGUUCACCUUUGGAGGCGGAGACCCCCGCCAGCGGGCCGGACUGCGGCUACGGCUCCUUUCACCAGCAGUACUGGCUCGACGGGAAGAUCAUCGCCGUGGGGGUGAUCGACAUCCUCCCCGCCUGCGUGUCGUCUGUGUAUUUGUACUACGAUCCCGAUUAUUCGUUUCUGUCUUUGGGCGUCUACUCUGCACUGCGAGAAAUUGCUUUUACGAGGCAGCUUCAUGAGGAAUCCUCACAGCUCAGCUAUUACUACCUGGGUUUCUACAUUCAUUCAUGCCCCAAGAUGAAAUAUAAGGGUCAGUACAGGCCGUCUGACUUGCUGUGCCCCGAGACCUACGUGUGGGUACCCAUGGAGCAGUGCCUGCCGUCGCUGGAGAACGCCAAGUACUGCCGGUUCAACCAGGACCCAGAGGCCGUGGACGAAGGCCGCAGUCAGGAGCCCGACCGGCUGCAGGUGUUUCACAAGAAGGCCGUCCUGCCCUACGGGGUCUACAAGCAGCAGCGGCAAGACCCCAGCGAGGAGGCCGCGGUGCUGCAGUACGCCAGCCUGGUGGGGCAGGCGUGCUCCGAGAGGAUGCUGCUCUUCAGAAACUAGGCGGUGCCGGGCCGCCGGCCCCACCCGUGAGGCUUUUAUUUUGAGUGUUGGAUAGCCUUUCCGAAAUAUUUUGUGGCGAUGUAUUUGUGAGACUCUCAUGGUUAACAUAAAGAUUUUUUAAAUGUUCUGACCUGGCCUCCUCACGGGGGGCCGAGCAUUUGGAAGUUUGUUUUAUGAACCAGACCUGGUAAGCUCUGGUUGUUCAUGUUUUGGAACGUAAAUUCGUAAGUGAAUGCUAAGAAGCUUAAAUGACCCUUUUGGGUCUGUCUUGUCAGAGAAAUGAAUGCAGCUCUUUCCUCAGGCCCAUUUUAACCUGUGUCAGCUGGGCAAGAAGGGGGGUCUGCUUCACCUCUGAGAAAACACGUGGAGAACAAAACUGCAAACCUUGUUCAGUCUCAGAUUGCUGCAGAAUGUUAUAAUAGGUAGUUUAAUAGAAAAUUUAAGAAAAGGAAAAUGCAAACGGAGUGCAAAGGGUGUCGUGUCAACAGCAGCCACCUGUCCCGGGGUCCUGGCGAGGCCGCGCCCUCGCGGUGACGCUCCCUCACUCGGGUGCCCCCGCCCGGACGGUGAACGUGUUCACGCUGCUUAUACCUUACUUGCUCCAGCUCAGAAAAUCCUAAGACGUGGAGUUUAUGAAGGAAAACGUGGGCCCAGCCUUGCCCUGAGCCCCGCCAAAGCUCUUCAGGCCACAGAGCCCCGGCCCGGCUCCUUGCUACUGAGUGCAGUGAAGGAGCACACGGCUGCCGGCAGUGAGCCUGUAGCUAGGCUCCUCUUGAGCCCCGCAGCAGGCGAGGGGGCAGGCGAGGGGCCCACUCGCCCUCGGGUGGCUCCGGAGACCUGCUCUUCGCGGCCUGAGGCAGAGCGGCCCUCCCCACCCCGUAAGUUCCUUUGGCCGGGCGGCACGGACCUCGUCCACCCCGUCGGGGCGGGGUCGCGGGCGGCGGGAGGAGUGUCGCCCACGCGGCGUCGCGGCGGCAGCCGGCCCGGCCCAGGGUGCCGGCUUGUGCCCGUCCUCAGCGGCCGUCCCCUGCUGCCAGCUGCUCGGCCUCUGAGCGCUCUCCGUUCCCAUUUUUCUAUGGAUCGAUCAUUAAAAAAAACACCAUUAAAUUUAGUAGUUUGAAUUCCACAGCUGACUUAAAAUUUUUCUCCUCACUGCCCUAAAUUAAGCAGAAACAUGCUUAAUUUAGCCAUAACAGGAAUGAGCAUAAAACAAUGAUUUUAAAAUUCAAAUGUCCAGAAAUGAGAAAUCCAGACACAUUCUCAGCACGUGUGUGGGAUACCUGCCGUGCUCAAGCGUUCUGCUAAGGGUGGGCAAAGGCAUUUUCUCUGGUAGCACGGAUUUUACAUGUUUCUGGAAUUUGUGCUUCAGAUUGUCUCCUGGGAGCGUCUGACCCUCUAUUGACCUUUUUUUCCUUUUCCCUCAAAAGUGAAUUUUUUUAAUCAUUACAAAAAUGAUAUUCACUGUAAGCAGCUAAAACACAUAUAAAUUAAAAAGUAGAGGUAAUCUGAAGUCCUACCACAUCAGCUAAAAAAUUGCUUUACAAACACACUCAUUAAGCAGAAUUAGAUUGUCCAUGCUGUUUUGUUCUCAGCAUACACUUACGGACACACCUGAAUUGAAAGAAAUGCCGUAGUGGGGUUUCAGAAGUGUUGGGAACCUCAGACCUACUGAAGUCCCUGGCAUAUUCAAGUCCAAGUUGAUGUCACUGCGUGUCACCCCUCCCCGGGCGGCAUGGGGGAUGGGGCUCGUAAGAAUCACAACGCUUGAGUAACAGACGAAGAGGGAGCUUCCAUCUUCCAUCUCACCACAGCUCCGGUUUCGUCCUGCAGAAUCCAGUUAAUGGUUCCUUCAGAGGAGAGGGGGCAGCCCUUGGGUCCUGAGUGUGGCCCUCGCCCGGCCCCCCUGCAAGAGAAGGGCUUCUCCCCUGCUGUGUUCAAACAUCCGUACUCUUAGGAGACCGGGAGGGUUUUGUUCCUAAGGAGUGAGAUGUCUUUAAAAGGUGACUCUCUGCUCUUUGGGGCCCUACGUGAGUGACUUGAUAACGGGCUGGAAAAGGCAGCCAAGGAAGGGGAUCUAACUUUGUCAGUUAACAAAGCAAUCUAGAUGAGAAACGGGACUUUAUGUUAAUAACUUCAAUCUAAAGAAAGAUGAGAGAAUCUUUCAAAGACAGUUUCUGUCUUUUCAAGACUGGUUGUUUUGCAUGUACAAUUUUAGUGUUAAUAGUUCCUUUCUGAUUUUAAAUAAAUUCACGUCGUCUAGUUGUCUGUCUAGGUAAAGAGAUGUAAUCGCAUUCCCCAUGCUACCGUCUUUAAAUUAUUUCAUUUCUGUGAGAUUUUCAUUAUCUUAUUUUUUUAAAUGUAAUCUGAGCACUUUUUUAUAUUCUGAAAGACAGAGGCUAUUAUCAGAUAAAUAUAUUAUUCAUUUGAUUUAAAUUAUUUAGAUACAAAGCUAUUACUGUUUGCUUUCAAACAGCUUAUCCUAUUUUUCAUCCAUUUUGGAAAAUACCAGUUGUGUGUGGUUUCUUAAUACAUCAGACUCUGUUUUGUAAAUGAACCUUUUCAGAUUUGUGAACAGUAUAUGGUUUGACUUUAUUGGCUUUAGGUUAUUUCAGUGUGAAUAAAGAUGAAAAACGAUAUGAUGUCCAUUUAUCUGAAAAUGUAUCUUAUUGUCACUGACUUUAAGAAGGAAAUGAAAUGGGAACAAUCGGGAGAUGCUUAAAUUAGAAGUUAUUCAAGUGUGUGUUCUUUUCCAAAAGAAAACCCGUAACUAUAAGGCAAAACCAGUUUGGUUGCGUGUGGUUUUUGUUGCUCUCGUAAAUGCGUUUUGAAUAGUCCAUUUGAUAAAGCUUGAAUGGAAAAAGAAUAAAGCAGUUUCCACCUGCAGUGGCUUUUCUGGUCAGUGCUUAAGUCUUAUGUUUCCGUCUUUAAAUGCUCAAAUGCGUUUUACCUGGAGUGAGUGUGGACAGCAGGAGUGAAGCCCUGGCCGCAGCAAUCCUCAUUUAAUGUUUGGAAACUGUUUUUUGGUUGUUUGGGGAGGUUUUGUUUGCGAACAGAUAGUACUUUUGAUCCUAACGCGCAAAACUUCUUCAAAAGACACUUGGGACCCGCACUGUUUGGCCGCCAGCACGGACACUCUGGCUUCCUUUCUCGGGAGCUGUUCGCUCCCAACUUGGAGCAGACGGUCUAGAUGUGCCCAAGGUCAGUUCGGGAACGGGCAUUCUUUCAGAGAGAUUCAAAGUAAACCUUAAGGAGUCAAUGCAAAUAAAUACUUACUUGAAUUUCCAUCAGCCUCUCACAAAGCAGAGCGUGCUGUGACGUUUACAGCGUCACCCCGUUUGCGGGAUAUAUUUACAAGCGUGCUUGCUCUCUUCACACUAAGGGUCUUGUAAGGUGACGGUAAAAAUGAGUCCUCCUUUCCAGGUGACAUAAAUAUUAACUAUAAUAUUUCUGGGAUUUCUUUCCAGAGUGGAAAUAGCUUUGUUGUUUUCCAUACUUGAAAUUGGACAGUGUUUUUGCCAAAGAACAUUUAGACAUGAUAGAGAAGUGUACUGUAGAAAAUAAAAAUCACUUUUAAUUCCAUUACUGCUACCACUGUUUAUGCUUUGGUAUCAUUCUGUCCAUUUUUUUUUCUACCUACAUCUAUGUAUAGGCUUUGUUUAUUUUUAAAUAAAAGUGGA